AUGCUCCCUUCGUCAUCCUCUCCAUACAGAGCCUUGUCGUUGUCAGGAUUGGCAAUGAUGAUGAUCAUGGCCGUGAUGCUUGUGAGUCAAACCGUAGAGGCAACAACUCGAUCUGAAGAAGCAAUCAAUCCAAGUGGUGAUGAUCGCAUGGUGGUGGACAAUCCUUCAGCCUCAAGCAUGCUUGUUACAAGCGCCAUCACCAUUCUAGUAAUUUUGCUUUCUGUGUUUGUCAUUUCAACAUACAAGGUUUAUAAAAGUUAUUUGAAGGUGAAAGAUAUUCCAGGAUGUUGGCAAUACUUCUUCUCACCUGUGAAAAUUCCCUUUUUUGCACCCUACUUUUAUAUGGGAAAUACGGAAGAAACAAUUAAAUUAGUGAAACAAUUUGGAGAUAAAGAAACCAAAAUUGUUAGAAUUUCAAUGGUGGACAGAAACACAAUAUUUAUUGUUCAUCCUGACAUGUUGAAAGAAUAUUUCUUGACCAAGGCUAACACUUUUGAAAAACCUGAAUUUGUGUAUCAAAUGUUUAAUGUUUAUGGAGAGAAUAUAUUGUCAGCUCUUAACACGGAAUCAUGGAAAAAACAUUUUAGAGUUUGUAGCCCUGCAUUUUCUUCCAAAAAUUUAGAAUACAUGUGCAAGGUUGCAACACAAUCAUCAGAAUUGCUCUUCCAACGAUGGGAUAAGGGAAUUAAGGAGAACAAGCCAUUUAUUUUACCGCUUGGUAACUUUAGCGAUGUCACUCUUGAUAUUUUGGGAAAGGCAGCCUUUGGUGUUGAUUUUGGCGUUUUCUCAACAGAUGCUGAGGGUACCAAGUUGAGAGAGGCGAUGGAAAAUGUUAUUAAUUAUGGAGUGAUUGUUAGAAGAUUUGUUGGUGACAAAUCAAUUUUUUAUCCACUGAUAAACAAGAUUUUGGGACUUGAUAAGGCUAUUAAAUUUUGUGGAGAUAAAUUAGAUGAAAUUAUUAAACAAAGAAAAGAGAUUAUUAAGAAAGAUGGAAUUGAUAAUGUCACUCAAGAUAUUCUGAGUUUGUUGGUUGAGGCCAACAUGUUGGAAAAACUAUUGACCGAUGAUGAGUUGAAAAGCAAUGCUUUUAUCAUGUCACUUGCUGGCCAUGAGACCACUUCAACUCUUUUAGGAUGGACGCUUUAUGAACUUUCCAAACGACCAGAAAUUGCAAACAAGUUGUACCAUGAAAUAACUCAAGCCAUUGGAUCUCGUGAUCCAACCUACGAUGAUUAUGGAAUUUUGUCACAUGUCAAUUCUGUCAUUAUGGAAUCAUUAAGACUUCAUCCUCCUGUUCUCUCCGUUGUGAAAUCUGUUGCCAAAAAGAACACCACGAUCGGAAAAUACAAUAUACCAAAAGGCACCAUUGUUUUAGGUUGGAUUGAUGCAAUUCACCACGACGAAGAUGUUUUCAAGAAUCCUGAAGAAUUCAUUCCAGAACGUUUUGAUAAUCCUGAGUUUAAAGAAAAAGUACAACACGACAUGACUUGGAUACCAUUCUCCAUGGGAAAUAGAAAAUGCAUUGGCUAUAGGUUUGCCCUUCUCGAAGGAUGUAUGAUUUUAACCAAGAUGGUUCAAAAGUACAAAUUCAAACUUUUAAAUGACGAAACUGUGGAUCCUGUAAAACCAAAACCUGGUGUGACCAUCAGACCCUCUACAAACCUUAAAAUUCAAGUCAUAAAACGAGAGUAA